AUGGGCAUUCACACGUCAAGAGAUGCUUAUCAAACCUCAAACAUCUGCCACUCCUUCCCUCCCCCAAACUUCCCUUCUCCACAAAUUCUCCUUCCCCCCACUUGGCGAAGCGGCACCGCGUGGGGCCGCUGCCGGGCGCGGAAGUUUUAUUCUCCUCUUCCUCUUCUUCCCCCACAAACCACCUCCCCCCCUUCCCUCCCCCCUCGGGCGCGCGCAGCGGGCGGGCAGCAGGUGUUUAUGCGUGAGCUGCACGUGGUGGUGGAGGCGGCGGACGUGGUGCUGCUCGUGCUCGACGAGCGCGACCUGCUGGGCGCACGGUGCCGACAGCUGGAGGCCAUAGUGAGGCGCAGCGCACGCACAAGCGCUCCGUGCUUCUCCUCAACAAAAUCGCGCUUCGUGCUUUUCCUCAACAAAAUCGGUGAGUGCUCGUACGUGUUCCCCCCGCCCUCCUCUGCCUUGGCGCACAAGCGCAUCGUGCUUCUCCUUGACAAAAUCGCCAAUCGUGCUUCUCCUCAACAAAAUUGGUGUGUGCUCGUGCGUGUUGCCCACGCCAUCCUCUGCCUUGUUGCACAAGUGCUCCGUGCUUCUCCUCAACAAAUCGGUGAGUGCUCGUGCAUGUUCCCCCAGCCCUCCUCCGCCUUGUCGCACAAACGCAUCGAACUUCUCCUCGACAAAAUCGGUGAGCGACCGUGCGUGUUCCCCACGUCCUCCUCUGCUUUGUCGCACCAGCACAUCGUGCUUCUCCUCAAUAAAGUCUGUGAGUGCUCGUGCGUGUUCCCCCCGCCCUCCUCUGCCUUGUCGCACAAGCGCAUCCGCUUCUUGCUUCUGCUCAACAAAAUUGGUGAGUGCUCGGACGUGUUCCUCCCGCCCUCCUCUGCUUUGUCGCACAAGCGCAUCGUGCUUCUUCUCAACAAAAUUGGUGCGUGCUCGUGCGUGUUCCCCCCUGACUCAUCUGCCUUCUCGCACAAGCGCUUCCUGCUUCUGCUCAACAAAAUCUGUGAGUGCUCGAACGUGUUCCUCCUGCCCUCCUCUGCUUUGUCGCACAAGCGCAUCGUGCUUCACCUCAACAAAGUUUGUGAGUGCUCGUGCGUGUUCCCCCCGCCCUUCUCUGCCUUGUCGUACAACUGCUUCAUGCCUGUCCUCAACAAAAUCGGUGAGUGCUCGUGCGUGCUCCCCCCGCCCUCCUCUGCCUUGUCGCACAAGCGCUUCGUGCUUCUUCUCAACAAAAUCAAUGAGCGCUCAUGCGUGUUCCCCCCGCCCUCCUCUGACUUGUCGCACCAGCGCUUUGUGCUUCUCCUCAACAAAAUCGGUGAGUGCUCGUGCGUGUUCCCCCCGCCCUCCUCUGCCUUGUCACACCAGCGCUUCGUGCUUCUCCUCAACAAAAUUGGUGGGUGCUCGUGCGUGUUGCUCCCGCCCUCCUCUGCCUUGUCGCACAAGCGCUCCGUGCUUCUCCUCAACAAAUCGCGUAUCGUGCUUCUCCUCAACAAAAUCUGUGAGUGCUUGUGCGUGUUCCCUCCGCCCUCCUCUGCCUUGUCGAACAAACGCAUCGUGCUUCUCCUCGACAAAAUCGGUGAGUGCUUGUGCGUGUUUCCCCCGCCCUCCUCUGCCUUUUCGCACAAGCGCAUCGUGCUUCUCCUUAAGAAAACCUGUGAGUGCUCGUGCGUGUUCCCCCCGCCCUCCUCUGCCUUGUCGCACCAGCGCUUCCUGCUUCUCCUCAACAAGAUCGAUAAGUGCUCGUUCGUGUUCCCUCCGCCCUCCUGUGCCUCGUUGCACAAGCGCAUCGUGCUUCUCCUCAACAAAAUCGGUGAGUGCUCGUGCAUGUUCCCCGUGCCCUCUUCCGCCUUGUCGCACCAGCGCUUCGUGCUUUUCCUCAAGAAAAUCAGUUCGUGCUCGUGCGUGUUCCCCCCGCCCUCCACUGCCUUGUCCGCAUCAUGCUUCUCGUCGACAAAAUCGGUGAGUGAGCGUGCGUGCUCCCUCCUCCCUCCUCUACCUUUUCGCACCAGCGCAUCAUGCUCCUCCUCAACAAAAUCGCGCUUCCUGCUUCUCCUCAACAAGAUUGAUAAGUGCUCGUUCAUGUUCCCUCCGCCCUCCUCUGCCUCGUUGCACAAGCGCAUCGUGCUUCUCCUCGACAAAAUCGGUGAGUGCUCGUGCAUGUUCCCUGCGCCCUCCUCCGCCUUGUCGCACCAGCGCUUCGUGCUUUUCCUCAAGAAAAUCAGUUCGUGCUCGUGCGUGUUCCCCCCGCCCUCCACUGCCUUGUCGUAG